AGAUGGCGGUGGCUGGGCGGCUGACCGGCCGGCAGAGGUGAAGGCCCCUGCGAAGUCCCAGAGCCGUAAAAACUCGCCCCCUCUCCGCCCCUCCCAGCCUCGGCAGCCCGGCAGAAAUUUUGUUGGUUUUCAUUUUUUUUUUUGAUAAGCAAGUAAACCACACAAAUUAUCAACAUGGGACGAAGAUCUACAUCAUCCACCAAGAGUGGAAAGUUUAUGAACCCUACAGACCAAGCCCGGAAAGAAGCCCGGAAGAGAGAAUUAAAGAAGAACAAAAAGCAACGCAUGAUGGUACGAGCUGCCGUUUUGAAGAUGAAAGAUCCUAAACAAAUUAUCCGAGACAUGGAGAAAUUGGAUGAAAUGGAAUUUAACCCAGUACAACAACCACAGUUAAAUGAGAAGGUGCUGAAAGAUAAGCGUAAAAAACUGCGUGAAACGUUUGAACGUAUUCUACGGCUGUAUGAGAAAGAGAAUCCAGAUAUAUACAAAGAAUUAAGAAAGCUGGAAGUGGAAUAUGAACAGAAAAGGGCUCAACUUAGCCAGUAUUUUGAUGCUGUCAAGAACGCUCAGCAUGUGGAAGUGGAGAGUAUUCCUUUGCCAGAUAUGCCACAUGCCCCUUCCAACAUCCUGAUCCAGGACAUUCCCCUUCCUGGUGCCCAGCCGCCCUCCAUCCUUAAGAAGACUUCAGCCUAUGGACCUCCAUCUCGGGCAGUUUCUAUACUUCCUCUUCUCGGACACGGUGUCCCACGCUUGCCUCCUGGCAGAAAGCCUCCCGGUCCUCCUCCUGGGCCGCCACCUCCUCAAGUCUUACAGAUGUAUGGCCGUAAAGUUGGCUUUGCCCUAGAUCUUCCUCCUCGGAGGCGAGAUGAAGACAUGCUAUAUAGUCCCGAACUGGCUCAGCGGGGUCAUGAUGAUGACGUUUCCAGCACCAGUGAAGAUGAUGGCUAUCCUGAGGACAUGGAUCAAGAUAAGCACGAUGACAGUACUGAUGACAGUGACACUGACCGAUCAGAUGGAGAAAGUGAAGGCGAUGACUUUGGGCACCGGGAUGAUAAUGAGAGAGACACCAAUGAAGAAAAAAAAGGUUUGAGUGUACGAUUUGCAGAUAUGCCUGGAAAGUCAAGGAAGAAAAAGAAGAAUAUGAAGGAGCUGACUCCUCUCCAAGCCAUGAUGCUUCGAAUGGCAGGUCAGGAAAUCCCUGAGGAGGGACGUGAAGUAGAGGAGUUUUCAGAGGAGGAGGAGGAUGAUUCGGAAGAUUCUGACACAGAAAAACCAUCACAGAAGCAGCACAAGGAGGACUCACUCUCUGAUGGCACAUCUGGUGCUUCCCAGCAGCAAGCGCCUCCGCAGUCUGUUCCUCCUUCUCAGAUACAGGCACCUCCCAUGCCAGGACCACCACCUCUGGGGCCACCCCCUGCCCCUCCUUUAAGACCACCCGGGCCACCUACAGGCCUUCCUCCUGGACCACCUCCAGGAGCUCCUCCAUUCUUGAGGCCACCCGGAAUGCCAGGACUCCGAGGGCCUUUACCCCGACUUUUACCUCCAGGACCACCACCAGGCCGGCCCCCCGGCCCUCCCCCAGGUCCGCCUCCAGGUCUGCCUCCAGGCCCCCCUCCUCGGGGACCUCCACCAAGGCUACCUCCCCCUGCACCUCCAGGGAUCCCUCCGCCUCGUCCUGGGAUGAUGCGCCCACCUUUGGUGCCUCCACUUGGACCUGCCCCGCCUGGGCUUUUCCCACCGGCUCCCUUGCCGAACCCAGGAGUUCUAAGCGCGCCUCCCAACUUGAUCCAGCGCCCCAAGGCGGAUGAUACGAGCGCAGCCACCAUUGAGAAGAAGGCGACAGCAACCAUCAGUGCCAAGCCACAGAUCACCAACCCCAAAGCCGAGAUUACUCGGUUUGUGCCCACCGCACUGAGGGUCCGUCGGGAGAAUAAAGGGGCUACCGCUGCUCCCCAAAGAAAGUCGGAGGAUGAUUCUGCUGUGCCUCUUGCCAAAGCAGCCCCUAAAUCUGGCCCAUCUCUUCCUGUUUCAGUACAAACUAAGGAUGAUGUUUAUGAAGCGUUCAUGAAAGAGAUGGAAGGGCUACUGUGACAGCGGCUGGGGCCAGAGCAGAAUUUGUUCACAUCAGUGGUUGGUGCAGAAAGGCUCUGAGUAAAGGCAGGCAGAGCUACUUUCACUUGUCAGGGUAUUUUCUCAUUUCAGUUCAAGAAAUAUCCUAAAGUUUAGCAUUGUUCACAGUUUACUCCAUAUCCUAACGGGUAUUUCAUUCAGAUUAGAUGGGUUGUCGAAGCAGUGCUGCUAACAUCCAUGCCCGUUCAGACCAUCAUUUCCAUCCCUUUUCGAUUCUUUCCCUUUACAAAUCUUUGGAAAUUUGUGACCAGGGAUCUUCGUUACUUGUUUCGGUUCUCUUCUGAUGUGUUGAGGGGCACUGGAGUAGAGAUUUCUGGGGGGGGGAAAAGUUUAUUUUACCCCAUCUUGCCUUUUGUGUUUGAGUUAUUCUUAAUAUUGUAAAUAUUUUGUAAUAUUGUAGUGAAAAGGAUUGCAAUGUCAUUUCCUAAUACAAAGCAAGAUACGUGGGAAGAAAUGUACAAUUCUUUGAUUAAAAUUAUUUCCCACCGA